GCGAGGGGCGCGAGGUGUUUGGAGACACGCUCAGGUGUGCGUGACUGGAAAACGGAGGGAGCUCUGCACAGAGACAGCUCCAGUGUGUUUGACAUUGGAAUACACGUUAUCGGCAGUGUCUUCUCUCUGCGUGUUGGAACUUGCAACCUAAUUGCCAAACCGUGUCAAGGACGCCAGCGAGACAUAUAAUCAAAUAAGUUAGGCCUACGCAACAAGAGAGGGACACAGAGGGGGAGUGUGACAGAGGCACAGCAUGUAAGCCACUGUGUGAGAGAGGCAUACCGAAGAGACGAUUGCAAAUGAAACAGUGGCUUGUCUCAGGGAGAGAGAAGCGGGUGGGGAGAGGACUUUUAGGUUGCACUGCUGCACCUGCCUCAGCUGUUGCAGUGAUGGUCAGACCUUGAAAUCUGAAUGUCAACACAGAAGAAAGGAAUAUUUUCCAAUCAUCCACUCGCAUAAACUCAUCUGUGCCACGAGCUCCUGCCAUGGCCGGGAAAAGUGUUCCUCGGACAAGUAGUUUCCUGUGAAGGCUCUACUCAACACAUGUGAGAUCUGCUUCUCCUUUGUUACCUCAACGGACCAAGAUGAUGCUUCGGCUGCUGUUAGUUCUGUCCAUUUGGGUGGGAUCUUAUGAAGCUGACUCUGCCCUGUCCGAACGGCGAGUUGUAGCACACAAUCCUGGUGACAUCAUCAUCGGAGCGCUGUUCUCUGUCCAUCAUCAGCCUCCUGCUGACAAGGUACACGAGCGCAAAUGUGGCGCGGUGCGGGAGCAGUACGGCAUCCAGAGGGUGGAGGCCAUGAUGUACACGCUGGACCGCAUCAACGCCGACCCGUUCAUCCUGCCCAACAUCUCCCUGGGCUGCGAGAUCCGGGACUCCUGCUGGCACUCGGCCGUGGCUCUGGAGCAGAGCAUCGAGUUCAUACGGGAUUCACUGGUCUCCUCUGACGACGCAGAGGAGUGGGGGGGACUAGGGGGAGGAGGUGGCGGAGGAGCGAGUACGGUGAAGUGUUUCAGACCCCUCGGCCCACUCCCAUGCGGGGGAAGAAACCCAUCGUGGGUUUAAUUGGACCAGGGUCAAGCUCUGUGGCCAUCCAGGUCCAGAACCUUCUACAGCUGUUCAACAUACCACAGAUUGCCUACUCUGCCACCAGUAUGGACCUCAGCGACAAGAGCCUUUUUAAGUACUUUAUGCGGGUGGUGCCUUCAGAUGCCCAGCAGGCAAGAGCUAUGGUGGACAUUGUCAAGAGAUACAACUGGAGCUAUGUGUCUGCUAUACACACCGAAGG